AUGCCCGUUAUAACAUUAGAAGUCCUCUCAGAUACGUCAAACGCUGAAAAUUACAUUCAAACUAUUAACAACAAUAUGUCUGAUGAUAUCAAUACAACAGAUAAUGAAACACAAAGCAUAGAACAAGACAAUACAGCCGGUGUACACUUUCUAACAGAAAAAAGUGAUGAUGCGGUGCCAAAAAUUGAAGCGGAUAAUAAAGAUCAAGAUUCUAAAGAAAUCCCAAAAGCUAGACAUGAUUUGUUGGAAUAUUUCAUGAGAAAUGAUGGCAGUGUCGUUUGCAAGCUAUGUGGAGAAAUACUGCAAAGCAGAACGCACUGGUAUCGUCAUAAAUACAAACUACACGUCAUACAUCCACUCAAUCCUGCCCCACUGUUUCAAUGUGAACAGUGUCUGGUAUACUUCAAGAGCCGAAAAGGAUACAUUGGGCAUUUGGCCAGUCGCCACAGCGAAGUUUUAUCGGACUCCAGUCCAGUGCUGACCAAUUCACAAGCGGAAGCUCUUGCUAAAGAGCGAAUUAGCCAGCAACCUCUCCAUGAAGUGAAAGAAGAGCCAGACCCUGAGAUGUCUAUUCCAAAAACGACCGUUCCGAAUUACCAAACGACAAUUGUUAAGCAGACUAAAAGCGGGGAAAUGAAGAAGUCGUGUCGUGGAAGCAAUAAGGAAACUCAAUGUACAGACCCUACGAAUAAGACUGACUGGCAGGAGAAACGUUCACGUGAAGAAAAACUCGUUGCAGAUAUAAUAGACAGAGUGCGAAGAGAGUGUGAAGCCCAAGGGUCUGGUGGCGCAGCUAGGCGAGGUUAUACUCGAAGGACAACUGUUAUGAACACUUAACUUCGUGAUGUGGUGAUAUAAAGUUCCUUUAAGUGAGAUUUCUCUACUUGCAUUAACGUCGAAUGUUAAAAAUAAAAUAAUUAUGGUUGUGUAGACAAAUUAGCAGGUAACAUAGCAGCUUAACUUGAAACAAGCUAUGAUAUUCUGUUAAAAUUAGCUUCGAAUU